CGUGAACACUACACACCUGCAGUCCCUAAACCACGCCCACAUACCUGAGAGAAACCAGGAAAUCACACUACCAGGACGUGAAGGAGAAUCAAAAUAGUCGUCAAAAAAACUUCGUCCCGUGGAAACCCUCGUCGUCCUCGUAUCCUUCAAAUCUACAACUACCUUUGGAUUAACCUGUGAGCACACAAAAGAGGAAAGCAGCGGAGGUUCACCUGGGACCAGCCUGGCAUUGACCAGACCAGCACUGAACUGCUCAAGUCCGGCCGCAAGUUCUGCUGGUCCAGAGAAGCCCAGUAUCUGUAUCUGCGCCGUCUCUCUUCACGCAGCUACUCGGCUAUUAUGAUGAACCCGGCCAUGGAGGAGACCGUGUGGGAGCAGUACACUGUGACCCUGCAGAGGGAUCCAAAGAUGGGCUUUGGUAUCGCAGUGUCAGGGGGGAGGGACAACCCGAACGAGGAUAGCGGAGAGACAUCCAUCGUGGUCUCUGACGUCCUGCAGGGAGGACCCGCUGAUGGCUUGUUGUUUGAGAAUGACCGAGUGGUGCAGGUGAACGCCAUCCCCAUGGAGGGAGCCAUCCACUCCUUUGCCGUGAAUACUCUCAGGAAGUGUGGCAAAGUGGCAAAAAUUACAGUCAAGAGGCCCAGAAAAGUUCCAGUCAAUCUGCUGAAUCGUCCUCCCUCCCCUGAUGACAGAGUCUUCAACACCGAUUACAAUGAUGAAUACAACUAUGACCAGGACCACCGGAGUGUGUACAGCGGGCGGAGUGUUGGCGGGCGGGACCACAGCGGGGAGAGGGAGCGUGGUGGAGGCGGCUACACGGAUUCUGGCUACCAGACACGUGAACGUGACUACGACAGGGAUUAUGAUCGGAAGGAACGUGGCAGGAGCGCAGAGAGAGACCUGAGCCCGGACCGACAGUACAGGAGAGAUGGCAGCAGAGGGCGCGUGUUAGACAAAGAACGCAGCCCGGAUCGCCGCUACAAGAGCGAGCACAUGCUGGACCGGGACUACAGCCCAGACAGAAGGCCCCGAGACCGCAGCCCGGAUCGGCGCUAUCGCAGUGAGAGAGCCCUGGACAGGGAGUUCAGCCCAGACCGACGUUACCGCAGCGAGCGGACACUUGACCGCACCAACAGCCCGGCACGAGGUCGUGGACGAGACCACAGCUUCGAGAGAGGGCGUGAACAUAUACCCGCUGACCCCAGAAAGCACGAUGAGCCUCUGAGGAAGAGUGGGAGCAGAGACCGCCUGGACCGUACGCCGUCACCUGCAGCAAUGCCCAUCCCUCUGUCCCGCCCUGCUCGGGACCUGGAGCCGCUGGAGAAACCCUUAAAUGUGAUGCUGCUGAAGAACCGACCCAACGAAGAGUAUGGCCUCCGUCUGGGCAGCCAGCUCUUCAUCAAAGAGAUGACCAGCACAGGACUGGCCAGCAGAGAUGGGAAUCUCCAGGAAGGUGACAUCAUAUUAAAGAUAAAUGGCACAGUGACAGAAAACCUGUCCCUCUCUGACGCUGGGAAGCUGAUCGAGAAGUCUCGUGGGAAGCUGCAGCUGGUGGUGCAGAGAGACAGACGGCAGGUGCUGAUCCGAGUCCCCCCGAUGGUCGACAGCGACUCUGAGCUCGAUGAUAUCUCCGAAAUAGAAUCGUACCGCUCCUACUCUCCGCAGGAUGACAGGCGAGGGCAUCACUCCGACCUCUCCUCCCACUCCUCCAAUGAGAGGCUCAGAGACAAGCCCAGGGAAGACCCGCCCAAUAGGCUGGCAAAAAUGGGAGCCAUGCCAACCCCAUUCAGAGCGCCCGACAGAGCUGUUGAAGACACGCCCCCUUUGCAGGCAGAGAGGGAGGAGCCACGCUCAGAAACACCUCCAGAAGUCCCAGCACACAAUGUAGCCCCAAAGGUUUACGCGCCCCCGAAGGUGCUGCUAAAGCCGAGCAUAGAGGACCAGGAUGUAUACGGGCCGAACACGGUGAUGGUUCAGUUCCAGAAAGGAGACAGCGUGGGUCUGAGGCUGGCCGGAGGGAAUGAUGUCGGUAUCUUCAUUGCUGGCGUUCAGGAAGACAGUGCAGCUGAGAAGGAGGGCCUUCGCACAGGAGACCAGAUCAUGAAGGUCAACAACAUUGACUUCAGAGGCAUGGUGCGUGAGGAUGCUGUCCUCUACCUUCUGGAGAUUCCUAAAGGGGAAGAUGUUACCAUUCUGGCUCAGAGCAAACCUGAAGUGUACAAGGACAUUUUGGCGUCUGGCAGAGGCGAUUCUUUCUUCAUCAGAACCCACUUUGAGUACGAGAAGGAGGCUCCUCAGAGCCUUCCCUUCAGCAGAGGAGACAUCUUCAAAGUGACUGACACGCUCUAUGACGGUAAACUGGGCAACUGGCUGGCUAUCCGCUCUGACAAAGACAACAAGCUGCUGGAGAAAGGAAUCAUCCCCAAUAAGAGCAGAGCAGAACAAAUGUCCAACGUGCAGAAUGCUGCUCGGGCAGCCUCAGGUAACGACAGAGGUGACUUCUGGAGGCUGAGAGGUCAAAGAGCUGCGAAGAAGAAAGACUUAAGAAAGAGCAGAGAGGAUCUGAGUGCAGCCCCGGUCACUACACGAUUCCCCGCCUACGAGAGAGUGGUGUUACGUGAAGCUGGUUUCAGGAGACCCGUUGUGAUAUUUGGACCCAUUUCUGAUGCUGUAAAUGAAAAACUUGCCAACGACAUGCCCAAUGAGUUUGUGGUUGCCAAAACGGAGCCCAAAGAUGCAGGAAGUGAGAAAUCCUCUGGAGUCGUCAGACUGAACACCAUCAGACAAAUCAUCGAACAGGACCGUCAUGCUCUGCUGGAUGUGACUCCCAAAGCUGUGGACACUCUGAACUACACCCAAUGGUAUCCCAUCGUGGUCUUCCUGAACCCGGACAGCAAGCAGGGCGUCAAGACCAUGAGGAACCGUCUCAUGCCCGGAUCCAGCCGCAGUGCACGCAAACUUUACGAGCAGUCGGUCAAGCUGAGGAAGACGUGCUCGCACCUUUUCACUUCAACUAUCGACCUGAACUCUGCUAACGACGCGUGGUACGGCAGUGUGAAAGAUUCCAUUCAGGAGCAGCAGGACAGAGCUGUGUGGGUGUGUGAGGGCAAGCUGGAUGGUUCAGAGGAGGACCUGGAUCUCCAUGACGACCGCAUGUCCUACCUGUCGGCGAUGAGUGCAGACUACCUGAGCAUGGACAGCCGCCUGACCAGCGACUAUGAAGACACAGCAGAUGAGGGCGGGGCUUACACUGACAACGAGCUGGACGAGACGCUGGACGAGCCGCAGCCGGUGUCAGCCAUCAGUCGAUCCUCAGAGCCCGUAAUGCCAGACGAGAAGUCUCACCCUGAACCCCGGGCUCGUCUCAGGUCAGGGAGCAGAGAUCUGGCGCACAGAGAGCCGAGCCCUCCCCCCUCUUUUGUCCCUGAACCCCCAAAGUCCUCUACUGUACAGGUGAGGGCUCAGACUCGGACGGACUCAUCGAGGAGCUACGACUCCCACUCCAGCAGCACCAUCAGCAGUGACGCAACGGGUGGAAACAAACCAGCUCCCCCUCCCGUCUCCCUGAAGCCAAGCAUGAGCCGUCUGAACCAAACACCUGAGGAGCAGCGACCACUGACAGAGGAGGAAGACCCUGCAAACAAAUCCUUCCUGGGCAAGGUUGGCAUCAUAUUUAUCAAAGCUUUUGAGAAGAUGGACCACUUGGCCCGAGCUCAGAGGAUGCUGGAGCUGCAGGAGGCAGAAAAUGCUCGACUGGAAAUCGCACAGAAGCAUCCAGACAUCUACGCCGUCCCAGUAAAACUGCCAAAACCCAACCUCAACCGUCCUCAGCCAAUAGGUUCCAGCUCCAACCCCGAGCAGCAGACUCCCUUCAGGCCACAUUACUCAGAGAGCAGAGGACAUGAGGACGACGAGGCCGAGUACCGCCGGCAGCUGGCCGAACAGACCAAGAGAGGAUACUACAACCCUCAGAGAUACAAAGACACCGAGCUGUAGGCAUGGCAA